CGGAUGCGGCUAGGGACUAGGGACUGGGUGUUGCUAAGCCUGGAUGCCUCCGGUAAAGCCGCCGGCCUGCAGGCGGGGUACAGCCCCGCAGCGAGCAGGUGCGCCCCUCCAGCUCUGCCUCCCAAUCAGCCGCAUCAGAAAGGCUGCGUGACUUGGCACAUUCCCGGGGUGGAGCGCCGGGGGUGGAGCAGGACGGUAAAUAUAAGGCCUCCCCACUUCCUGCCACAGUUGCCCGCCGCCGCCGCCAUGCCGUCUUACACCAUCGUCUACUUCCCGGCCCGAGGACGCUGUGAGGCCAUGCGCAUGCUGCUGGCUGACCAGGGCCAGAGCUGGAAGGAGGAGGUGGUGACCAAGGAGACCUGGCUCCAGGGCCCACUCAAGGCCACCUGCCUGUAUGGGCAGCUCCCCAAGUUCCAGGACGGAGACCUCACCCUGUACCAGUCCAAUGCCAUCCUGCGCCACCUGGGCCGCUCCUUGGGGCUCUAUGGCAAAGACCUGCGGGAGGCGGCGCUGCUGGACAUGGUGAAUGACGGCGUGGAGGACCUCCGCAGGCUGUGCGGUCACCUCAUCCGCCACAACCACGAAGAGGACAAGGCCCGGUAUGUGGAGGAGCUGCCGGGGCACCUGAGGCCUUUUGAGACCCUGCUGUCCCAGAACCAGGGCGGCCAGGCCUUCAUCGUGGGCAGCCAGAUCUCCUUUGCCGACUACAACCUGCUGGACCUUCUGCUGAGCCACCAGGUCCUGGUCCCCAGCUGCCUGGACGCCUUCCCCCUGCUCUCGGCCUACGUGGCCCGCCUCAGCGCCCGGCCCAAACUCAAGGCCUUCCUGGCCUCCCCCGAGCACGUGAACCGCCCCAUCUUUGGAAGCCGCAAGAUAUGAACCCCCUCAGCCUCCCCCCCCGCCCCCGCCCCCAGUGAGGGGCUGCCCUUGGGACCAAUAAACACAGUGAGAAGAGA